AGAAGAGAGGGAGGGAGGCAGCCAGGGGAACCAGCUGUACGGCGGUUGACGGCUCUUUUUUUUCUUCACGAAUUGGAUUUGGAUCCGUUCUGGGUUUAUACUUUUCUAGUGCUUUCUUGUUUCUUAUUAUUAAUGUUUGCUGCUUUUCAGAUUAAAAUUUUGUGAUUCUGUUUUUAACCUAAAAACCCUAAUUUGUGUGGCUAUGACGGCUGAUUCUACUUCCAAUCAUCACUCUCCACGUGCUUCUGGGGACUCCGGUGACGGCCGUUCUAGCCCUCAAUUACGGCGAAAGAGUUUGCCCUCGCCUUGGGCUCAGAUUGUACGAGGCGAGCCGGAAUCAGCUUCAGUUUCAGCGGCUGCUCAGCAUUCUCCUUCAUCGCCAUCACCGCCGCUGCCAUUGACUUCUUCUCCGUCUGAGUCAAACGAUAACUUCCCUUCUUCGAAGGUGGCUUCAGCCUCGUCUUCUUCGCCACCGGAUAAUUUAAUCGCUGCUGAGAACUUGGAUGCUGCUAAUAAUAGCAAUGCGGCUCUAUCAAAGAAGCCGGCUUGGAACAAACUUUCAGACAGCGUCGUUGAAGUCGCUACUGUCAUGGGAGCGGAUUCUUGGCCCGCGUUAUCUGAAACCACUAAGCCUCCGCCGAAAUCAUCAUUGGCGGACUCUUCUUCAUCAAAGACCCUUUCCGAUGGAUCAGUCUCAACUAAUCAGGUGCCUGUAAUCCCAAUUUUACCUUCGAAGAACCCUAAUUUGAACCCGAAUCGGGCAAUGCCAGUGCGACAAAGGUCGAGGCGAGGUGGUGGUGCUAGCAGCUCUGGGGGUGGCCCUGCACAGACUGGUUUCCUUAGGUCUCCUCAGCUACCUCCGCCACCUCCACCACUAUCACCAGCAUUCCCUAUUGCAAUGCCUCCAAAUAGUGUUGGUAAUGUUGUGCAGCCGUUUCCAGAUCUUUGUCCAAUAGAGCCUCUAUAUAGAGGCAAUAACUGGGAAACCAGAUCUGUGGGAGGAUUUGUGUCUCAAUCACAUCCUGUGAAUGAGCCCCGCAAUUCUACACGGAGAGGUAACUAUGGGCCACGUGGAGAUGGUUCUUACCAUAACAAUUAUGGGGGUAGACGGGCUCAAGACCGUGGAACCUAUGCAAACGCCAGAGACGUUCAUCUGCAGCAGCAGAGAGGUCCUCCGAGGAGUUUUGUUAGACCUCCACCACCUGGUGCUGGCACAUUUGUGCCACCUCAACAUGUUAGACCUUUUGUAAACUCCAUGCCGAUUCCUGAAUUCAUAUAUGUUCCUACAAAUAUGUUCAUGACUGCACCAAUACUAAUGCCUGUGGCAGAACAUCCUCUCCAGACUAUGUUGGUCCAUCAGAUUGAUUAUUAUUUCAGUGAUGAGAACUUAGCAAAAGACGAAUUUUUGAAGUCUAACAUGGAUGAUCAAGGAUACGUACCGAUUAUUUUAAUUGCAAACUUUCCUCGAGUUAGGAAUUUGACAAAUAACAUUCAGUUUAUAUUGGAUUCCUUGAGAACCUCAGCUGUGGUGGAAGUACAGGAAGAAAAGGUGAGGCGCCGUAAUGAAUGGGUGAAAUAUAUUCCUCAUUCCAGUAGGGUUCCCGCUGAGUCAGGAUUUCCAUCUCCGAGUGGACCAAGUUAUGGAAAUCUCGCAACUUCAUUUCAGAAGAUCACAAUGGAAGAAGAUGAGGCAAACCCUCAUUCUGAGGAUGCUUCAGGAAGACAUUUCUCCAAAUUGGCUAGCCAGUCAAAACUCUACUAUGGUGACGGUUCUGAAGAUACAUUAUCAAACAAAAACUGAUAUAUGCCCCGCUAAGUUAAAGGGCAAUCUUAUAGGAUGGUGCUUGUUUUUUAAGGGGAGGAGGGCUGCUGCCAUGAAGGUGGAUGAACACCUUUCUUUCUCUGGCACAUUUAUCAAAUUUUGAAGUAUUUUGCUGAGAGACAAGCUGAGGGACAAAAGAGAUUUAUAUAAAUUAUUUUUGGAAUAUAAAGAAAGAGAACACAGUGAGACAAGAAGAGCUUAGGGUCAUUAUUGCGUUGUAUAGUUUGAUAUUUUGGAUGAUUUUGUUUUUAUUAUUUGAUGAUUUAUUGUGGAAUGGCUAGGCAUUGCACUUGGGAGAAUUUCAUAAAAUUUGCCUUGGCCAUGCUGUGUUAUGGAUUAACAUUGAUUAUCAAAGAAUGUUACUCCAUGAACUACUAAGUAUUAACAGUUGACGUGUUAUUAUAUGAUUGUUUAUUUUAUUUUUAAUUUAAAAUUAUUCAAUCAGAUAAUGAUAUCUCAACUGUUAGUAUCGAAUCAUUCUAUUAGUAAAUUGGUGAAUACAUCCUGAAAUUUGAUGUGGA